AAGUUGUCUCGCUAAGUCGCUACAAACUCUUCAGUCAUACUUACGGUUUUGUCAAAGAUAGACCGGGGACUUAAACAACCGUGUUGUUAUGGCGUACAUUUACCAAAAAGUUAAAUAAACAAUGCAGUGGUAUUGUGGUACAACGGUAGUGCUUUGAUCUCAAAUUAAUAGUGUCAUUUUUCCAAAAUGUACGUGUAUCUGUAUAAUGUGUCCGUCCUAAAGUGUACAAUGUGAUAUCGUGAUAGCGACUCUGUGAUUUAGUGUAAAAAAAUGAUUGAGUUAGUAAAAAUGCCCGAAAACAAUAGGGUGAAUGGCUCUAUGAGGGAUAUAGGGGCGAGUUCGUUCGUCUGCCGGGUGCAAUACUUGAACGACUUGGACCCCUUCAACGAGUACAAUGUUAGACUCCCUACAAGACCUCUUUACCAUACGUUCAACCUGUCGAUACCCUUAUCGUACCAGAUUGCCGCCGUUCAUCGAUUGUUGCAAGCACCGCAUAGGUUGGAUGAUGCUACACUACAAGUCUUCAAGGAUGGUGACUAUGGACCUUACUUAGACCUUGAUUCUACACUGGGUGAACAAGAUGAAGAAUUAGAGGGCUUACAAGAAAGCCGCAAAAAUGCCUUGGUUCUACGCACCCAGCUGUCGGUCAAAGUACACGCAAUUAUUGAGAGGCUCCUACACUCUCAAGGGAAAGAGCUGCGUAAGGCACUCUUCACUGUCAAGCAGAUGCUCAAAUCAGAAAAGGACCUGGUGCAUGAGUUCGUCGCCAACGACGGACUCGACUGCCUCAUGCAGAUCAGCGCAAAAGAGGAUCCGACUUACCUCGAUUACAUAUUGCGCGUAAUUGGACAGAUUCUUAUUUAUGUGGAUGGUAUGCAUGGCGUAAUGGACCAUAAGAGUUGCAUCCAGUGGUUGUAUUCUUUAACAGCGAGCAAUUUCAGACACGUCGUUAAAACAACUUUGAAACUAUUGUCAAUAUUUGUUGAAUAUACAGAGACCAACAGCCUUCUCCUCAUCGACGCUAUAAACUUCGUAGAUAAAUCGAACGGCAGGCCCCCUUGGUAUAAUAUUAUAAAAAUACUCCAAGACUUCGAUGCUUCAGAUACUGAACUCCUUAUAUGUGCAACUAGUUUAAUAAACAUAUGUUUAAUAAAUAUACCAGAUAAGAAUAUGUAUUAUGAUCAAGUCGAUACUCUUCAAGAUCAAGGGAUAGAUGACAUUAUCCAUUUGUAUAUGUCAAAGCAAGGGACAGAUUUAGAUUUAUUACGACAAUUGCAAAUUUUCGAAGCAGUUUUGAUGUACGAAGAUGGUGAUGAUACUGAUACAGCGAUUAAACAAUUAGACGAUUCUAUUAUAAAAUCCAUGAGAAGACGAAAUAUUAAUCUACCCAGCACAGAAACGCGAAAAUCUAAAAAAUACCAAAUGAAAGAAAAAGCAAAACAAGCCAUCUUGUCCAAUAAGGAGAGUGAAAAGAAAAUAUCGCUAACCAAUAAUAUUCGAUCACCUAACCUGCCCUCAAUGAAAGAAAAGGAAAACAUAGAAUUAAGUACAGCUUUAAGAAAACGAAGGGACCGUUUUGCCCGACAAGCUCACCAUAUAAUUCAACAAGAGGAACUACUUAAUAAUUCAAGUGAUAUAUAUAAUGGACUCUUUGGAAUUAAAAAAGAAGAGAAAAUAAAUGGAAUUAAUAAUGAAAAGGAUACUAAUAAUAGUAAUAACAUUUACUCUAAUAUGAACGGCAAACACCUGGGGCUGAAUGGCGGAUUGAAUGGAUAUUGCAACGGCCACAACGGUCACAAAGAUGAAGACAAAGGAUAUAGUAACAAAACUACAAAGUUGUCUAAUCCACCGGAUGUUUUAAUUAAUGGGAACCAAAGAUAUACCUCCGGCCUUAAACAAAGGAUACAAAAUGGUACUCUUGGUCACAGUGUCAACGCUUGUGAUGCACUCGCAGCUAUUCGCCAAAAGCAACUUGAGAUUAAUCCAGAAAAACCAGACAGAGGAAUUAUUUUAAAUAGGGAACAUAGCAUCAAAGAUUUGGCACAAAGGCUAACGAGUCCUAUAAGCCAUGUUCCGGAAGAUAAACCUAUACGAGUAUCUGAUAUGGCUGGGAUAGUUUCAAAGGCUAAGGAAGAGUUGGCUAAAUCUCAGUCCAAAGAAAUAAUUAAAAGCCCAACAAUAGAAAAGAGUCCAAAAUUACACGAAAUCAAAGUGUCUGAAAACGAUCUCCACUGGGAAGAAUUGAAAAAAGGUUGUCUCAAUCGAGAAUUUCACUUAUGUGAUCUUGAUUUCUCUGAUUUGCGGCAAGAUUCGGACGACGACACGAUGUCACCUGCUGUGAACGCAGCAAGUGGACCCCCACCACCACCUCCUUCAAUGCUUCCCUCUGUUGGUGUUCCUCCUCCAUUGCCUGGAUAUUUCCCGACUCUAACAAAAACCAAAAAAUUCCACAAUCAAUCUCUUCCAGCUGAAUUAUUAACUGAUUCCGAUACUUCUACAAUAAGGAAAAAUAAGAAAACUGUUAAAUUGUUCUGGCGAGAAAUCCAAGAAACCCCCUUCCCCACAGCGGUCAGAGAAAAAGUAGGCGGGUUUAUUUGGGAUGACCUCCCGGAAGUGAAUUUAGAUACCGCUAUGUUGGAACAUCUUUUUGAAUCACGAACCAAUGAUCUGAUAAUCAAGGAGAAAUUAAUGGAGCCAAAGAGGAAUCUCAUACUUGAUGCUAAACGCUCAAAUGCUAUAAACAUUGCAAUGAAAAAGCUUCCAACGCCACAAACCAUUAAAGCUGCAAUAAUGAAAAUGGACGCAACUGUCAUAGGAAGAGAGGGAAUAGAGAAGUUACUCACAAUGCUUCCCACUGAAGAAGAAAAAGUUAAAAUUCAAGAAGCACAGUACGCCAAUCCAGAUUUGCCUCUAGGAAGUGCAGAACAAUUCCUGCUUACACUUGCUUCGAUAAAUGAGCUACCAUCAAGACUUAAGCUAUGGGUUUUUAAACUUGACUUCGAUAAUUUAGAGAAAGAAAUUGCAGAACCCCUCAUGGAUCUGAAGCAAGGAAUUGAACUGUUGAAAGCGAACCGAACAUUCAAAGUCAUCCUUUCCACGUUACGAUCUGUCGGUAGCUUCUUAAAUGGUAGCCAAGUAAAAGGUUUCCGCCUCGAAUAUUUAUCCAAGGUUAUGGAAGUCAAGGACACAGUUCAUAAACAUCCGUUGUUAUACCACAUUUGUGAGAUGAUCAAAGAAAAAUUCUCGGAUACGACCGAUUUCUUUAGCGAGGUUGGUCCUGUCAUUCGUGCAUCAAAAGUGGACUUUGACGUGUUAAGUAACAACCUUCUUAAAUUAGAAGCAGACUGUAAGGCGUCAUGGGAUCAUAUGAAAAAAGUUGCCAAACACGACGGAACACAAAUUUACAAAACUAAAAUCAACGACUUCAUAACGGACGCCGCUGAGCGUAUCAUUUUGCUAACUUUAAUAAAGAAGAGGGUGAUGAGUAGAUACAAUAAGUUCCUAUUGUACCUCGGGGUACCACCAGCAGACAUACCAAAAACUAGACCAUCAGAAUUCCUUAAAGUCAUAGCGGAAUUCGCAUUAGAAUACAGAACAACUAGAGAACGAGUCUUACAACAAUUAGAGAAGAGAGCCAACCACCGAGAACGAAAUAAGACGAGAGGCAAAAUGAUUAUAGAUAUUGGAAAGUAUUCAACUAAAGGCGGAGACCACACGGCUGACAAUGCAUUGAAAGAACUUCUCAAGACUGAUGCGGACACUGACAUACUCACGGAAGGUCGUCGCAAAAGCCAGCCCUGCACUAAUAAGAAAAUACUAGUAAAUGGUGAUAUAUCUGCAGUAGAAGAAAUAAUCGAAAGCUUAGUCCGGUCAAAACCCUCUACGGCAAGGGAUCGACGAAGAAACCGCAUCUCGGACAAGAAAAAUUUAAACAGAACUUUGGAUGGACAUUCUUCUUGGCCUGGCAGAGAAAGCAGCGACGGGUCUACAAUAAAUAUGCAACAAAGAUAAUUACAUUAUUAACAAAACCUUAACAUGAGCGAAUAUUUUAAUCGUGAGAGUUUUAAAAUUAAGAUAAUAAUAUUUUUGUUUUUGUAUCUCGUUCAGUCACUAGAAAAUAAUGUGAAACAAAAAUAUAUUAAAGACUCUUCUAUCUUUUAAGCAGUUUUUGUCGAAUAACUUUCCUAUAACCUUAGAAAUUAUGUUUUAAUGCUUAGUAAAUUUCUCUAAAAUUAAGCCGGGGCCAAUUAAAAUGACAAUAUAACGAUCUGAUGAAUGUAAUAAAUUAGAAUAUGAAGCGAUUACAGCAAGUACAAUUAAUGAGUAAAUAUUAUUAUAAUAAAUUUUAACUAUUAAAUAAUAUGUAUAGAAACGAAACUUCUCCGUAACUCAGUAUAUGGGACUACAUGAGUGUAUCGUGUGUUUUAUAAUGCCAUAAAGUAUAUAAACCACUGCA